AAAAUGCGACCAUACAACUAUUACAACGCUUCGCCUGCAGGCUACGGCUCCACUCAGAACUUGAGCAGAGGCCGACAGUCCUUCAGUGGAAGCACCACCCAUAUAUGGAGGGCAUCCAAUUCGAACCUAUCGUCUAUGGAAAGCAACAAUGAGCCUCCUAGGUACAAUGGUGGAAUGGUGAAUGAUGGGAGUAACCAGAGAAUGUAUCAGACUAUGGGCCAUCAGCCAAGGUCGGAGAGUGUGAACCAAGAGUAUUUCAGUGACCGGCAAGGAAACGUGGACUUCCAGAGGACAAUAACGAGGUCUAGUAACUUCGACAAGGGAGGGGGACCUACUCUCUACUCCACCAAUCCAUAUGCCACCUGGAAAAGAUAUUCGAAGCCGGAUCUGUCGACAAUUGGGGGCAACAACGGCGGAGGAUCCUAUCCCAGCUCCAGCGGGGGGUCUUUUCUCGACAACUCACACAGACGCAAAAUGAUGUUCUCAAGUCAAACAUCCCUCAACCAAUACACCCCCGCCCCUGCUCAAAACAGCGUGAAUACAAUGUACCACCACGUGAAUGCAAAUACGAGGAGUUAUUCGAACCCGCCUGCUAAGAAUCAGACGUUGAGUUCGAUUUCUACGCAACCUGUGACGGUGUCGUUUUACACGUCCAACCGACAGCGAAAUCGAAUCACCCCUCGAGGCAACAUUGAAAGUUCAAUGUCAUACCAACCAGUGUUCGUUCCUAAUGCAGCACCACCGCCCAGCAACCCACCACUCUCGUCGAACUUCAACCCACCCUCGCGUCCAAUGAGUGUGAUGGGAGGGGGGAGUAUAAUGGGGGGUAAUUCUCUCAUGGGAAGCAGGAGGUCAAGUGUGACUUCUCUGGAUGUGACGAGACCAUUGCAAGUCAGUGCCAGUCAUUGGCAGCCUAUUAAGUCCAUGCGGGAUGAAGCCCCCACCCUUGAGCGACCCGACCAUAAAUCAUGGCAGGUGGGCGUUUAUGCUAAGGAUCUGAUUCCCUCGUCGGAGCAGGUACGCAAGAUGGCCCAGCUGGUGUCUCAGUCGCUGUUUGAUCCACGGAAUGUGGAGGCGAAAGGAGGCAGGAUGUUCAGAAGGAGACAAGAGCGUGCGGCCCAGUACACGUACGAGGGCUAUGGUAGAAAUGAGGGGCCCCAGAAGGAGUACGCCAAUGUGCCCUCCACUCUGGACGAUCUGAGAGAGAAAGCGAUGGAACACAAAAUGGAGAGAAUCGCUAGAGAUUUGAUUCAAUCCGGCAUCCCCCUGCCCCCGAAUCCAGAGGAUCUCUUGAACUGCGCCAGAGGGCUGCGUCACAAUAAACACAACCAACAACAGCAGUUCUCAGUCUACGACCCAGAAAGUGGGCAACAUAAGUUUGUGAGGGCGACUAACUUCGACGUGGACUUGUCGGACGAUGAACCAUGUGAACACAAUAUUGUGACUCCCAAUGUGUGUAAUAUGAUUGUGAGAGAUCUCAAAGGCGGGAGAGGUCGUGGCUCUUCGAUGUUUCAAAAACGUCACGAGAAAUCCCUUCGUUGGGUCACUGACGAGACCAACAGACGUGAGAAGAGUUACGGGAUAGUGGAGGCAAUCAAGUCAGGAAGAGUGACUGAGGACUCCCUUGAGAAGAGUCUGAGCAGAAUGCACCAGGCCAGACCGGAGAGGUUGCCCUCUAUGACAAGUGUGAUUAAACAGAUAUCGCCAUGGGAGGCGGCCGCAGGCGGUAUCCCACUGGAAUCAACAAUGCAAAGUGGCGCCCAAAUCAUGGCCGAAGCAAUGAGCAAGGCCUCAAUGUUGAACGACCGUCGAAGAGUGAUAAACCCUCCGAUGCCCACUAUGAUUUCUGCAGGUCCUGGAAAUCGGAACCUAAACAUGUCUCAGUCGUCAAUUAAUACAACUACCAAUGAUUACGGAGGAAUGGAUUAUAAUAACAGUUAUAACACGACAGGACGCGGUGGUUAUAAUGAUUCGGGUUCGAGUUAUGCACCGAGUGCUGCGGGUUCUCGGCCGCCAUCUGCGAUUCCGUUUAUGCCGCCAAAAGGCGGUGUUGCUAUGCCAGGACUAACAGGACCCAAUGCAGGCAGAGGAUUUGCUGAUCAAAGAGGAGGUGGCUUUAGAUCGUCACUUCAAGCGACUAAAGAGCCGAAAAAAUGGAGACCGAUGAAUUUUAACUCGUCUAGUUUACACUCGGCUAAUUCGAGCAGUACUAUGAUUUCGGCUGAAUUGUAAAUUUAGACAAACAAGAACAAUUUGAUUUUGUACAGCUAAGAUUCAGGAAAAGAAUAGAAAAAUGAAGCGCGUAUCAAACUUUUUUCGAACAUUUUUUUUGAAUAAAAGACGCAGUUUUAUAUUGAGGUUGUUUGUUUUGUCGAUUCUUAUGCCUAAAACUCACAAUUUAAAGAUGAAAAGUGCAAGCGACCGAGUUUAAAUGAUGCUAUUCUUAAAUGUUUGUUGGUUUAUAUUUUCCUGUAAAAAAGAAUGGGAAAAGUUUUUUGCCUCAUAUUUGUCCUUUAUUUGUGCAAUAAAAGUAAUUGAUUUGAAACUGUCAUUGACGAUUUCAUGGGAUAACAGUAUUUUUGUCACUGAAAUGUACAAUUAAGCUAGAUUUAGAUCAUAAUUUGUAUUGCAGAAAUUUAAAGACACUACCUAUAUCUAACGAUCGCUCAUAAUUGAUAUUGUAAAUCAAUGCUUUACUAACUUCUUAAAUUGUUAAAUUUCCUCACUUAAAAUUAAUUUUUCAAAAAAUA